AUGAUUAAGAAUCUGAGGGCGCACUGCCAGAUGGUUAAACAGGUGUGGCUUGCAGACGACUCUGCUGGAGGAGGGAGAAUCGCGCAGUUGUACGACUGAUACAAGCAAUUGAUUAAAGAGGGAGAAAAGUUUGGAUAUCUGGUGAACGGGUCAAAGUGCUAGCUGAUUGUUAAGUCUGAGGCACUUGCAGAUGAAGCAAAGAGGGUGUUUGGAGAUGAAGUCAAUAAACAACUGAAGGUCAGCGCCAUCAAGGAGCAGUCAUUGCGUCGCAAGAAUACAAAGAUCAAUAUUGUGAGGAGAAAAUUCGCAUAUGGAAAGUAGGAAAUCGAACGGCUCUGAAAAGAGUUAGCCUCACACAGCGUACAUUGUCUUCAUAAAAGGGUGCAAGUUAAAGUUCACCUACUUCAUGCGCACUAUAGAUUCGUUUGAGGAUUAUGUCGAUCCAAUCCAGGAGGCGAUUGACGACCUACUUCUUCCAACUUUGUUCGGUCAAUCAGAGCCUCUCCCUAACGAGGUGCGUCUACUUGUCACCUUAACAACGGCUCAAGGGGGUCUGGGCAUGCCAGAUUUGAGAGCUGGGGCGCCAUAA